AUGCCAGCAGAGGUUCAUACUCACACCGUCAGCACGCCACAUGCGGCUGGUCGAGAACAAAAUUCGAAAGCAGAAGCACGCAGCAAUAGUCAAUGCACGGUCGGUGUCUCCGCUGUGUCCAUGCGGACGCACGAGAGAGGUCACCUAGCAUGUGUCACACACAGGCACCUGUGGGAAGUGAGGUAUCAAAGAACAUCGACGGCAUAUAUAUACUACCAGCGGGAACAUCUUCCUGCAGGGUAUAUCGCUGACACUUCAGCAGGAAAGCACCCUCAACAGAAGUCCAAGGAUACCUCGCUGAGGCCACUGCUCUCCGAUAUGAUACCUCACGAUCGGUAUGGCGAAGUCACCAAUACCACAAAGAACAAGAAUCCCUGCCAACACCGUGCAAGGCAGGAGCGCCCACGCCAUGUGUAUGCCUUUUCCAUCCCGAGCUUCCAUACAGCACCCUUCCUACCCCCAGAUCGCACCAAUUGCCCCCACACAUGCAAAAAGAGCACAGCCAGCCACAUUCUGCAAUCCUAA